AUGGCCACUAGAAAAUCUAGUAUAUCAGGUAUAUCGUCUCGGCGUUCUGCCUGCGAUAAAUGUCGAGUUUCAAAGGCCAGGUGCCUGCGCGCAAAUCCCGAUCAGGCGCGGUGUGAUCGUUGCUCCCGCAUCGACUCCGAGUGCAUCACGAGCCCUAUCUUUAGGCUACGGAGCUGGCAGCCUCCUGCUGCUGGUAAUGAUAUGCCUGACAUGCUCAAUAGUACCAAUGAACCACACAAGCGACAGAGACGCAAUAGCCAGCCACAGCAACAACCUACUCCGAGAGAAUCAAGCACAUGUUUGGAUGCUAACCUCUUGAGUGCUGGCGAAAUACACCCCUAUAUCAGCGAUAUUUCAACAUAUCAAAGCCUUGACUGGAAAAAGCAGUCUCGUGUACCCGAUCCGCCCAACGUAUUGUACGGAGAUGAAACACGGACCCAAAUGGAUACAACAUUUGGCCAUGUUGAAAGCGACUUCGACAUAAACCUAUCCGAGAACUUCUUCGCGACAACUCCUCCUGCAUCAUCCGGAGCAGAGCCCAUAACGCCCUUAGCCUCACUUCCAUCCUUGAGCACAGAAUUGGUUAGCGGGUUUGCUACUCAAUUUAGUCAAGAUUUUUCACCUCAGACCUCGGACAAUAAUGCUCUUAGGUGUAAUGGCAAAGCGCUUGUGGAUACUAAGCAGACUCCUUUGCAACGGUUAUCGAAACUUGACUAUGAUUUAAUCACAUUUCUCAUUCGACUUGAUCGAGAACCGCCUAGAGUGAUAUUGAAAACUCUCUUCGAGGGACAAGGAAACCCAUCAUCUCCAACGGUUGUGGAUGAUAUACUCAACAGUACAACAGAGUAUCUCAUUAUAUUGAAGCUUCUGAACAGUUGUUAUCUACAGUCGUCUGGCUCUCCAUCUGUAGAUGCCAGUAACGACUCAAGACAUAGCUCUCAUGGUUCAAGGAGAAGUAGCAUUUCGAGCAUCUACUCCGAUCACGAUAGCACCGCAGAUUCGCCUCAUCAAUCGCAGCCUCUGGCGUCUACUCCACCGUCUUAUCAUGACCUUGACACGCCGUCUUUACUUCUAGUACUAUCUGUUUAUAUUCAUUUACUUCGGCUCCAUUUGAUUGUGUUUACAAACAUCUACGGCUGCCUAAGAGAACUUUCCGAAAGCGAGAACCCACAGUUACGUCCAAUCUUACGACUCAGUAUCAGCGCAUUACCAAUAGAAUCGGGGAACCUGCAGACUCUUGUCCUCAUUCAAACAGUUACAAGCCUUCUUGAAAGAAUAGGGGUUUUACUAGGCCUUCCUCAAGAAUUCCGAAUAAGUAGGCGCCGAGGAGAAGAAAGGGGCUUACUUAGUGCGCCAGGUUUCCUAAGUUUGACGAAGUUAGCUCUUGAGAAAGAGGAUGCUGGCACAGGCCUAAACGGGAAAGGAGGCAUGAAGGCCUUACGGAAGAACAUUGCCAAGGCGAAACAAUUGCUAAGAGAGCGCAUCGACCCUUGA